UGUUGCAAUCUAGAGUCGUUUUAGUUCUCUUGAACUUUGCUCCUGUGUUUGUCUGGUGGAAAGUUUCAUAGUCCAUGACAUUCUGCUGAAAAAUCACUGGGCUACAAAGAAGCAAGGGCUUGCCUUCUGUUGGUGGAUCGUAAUGGAGUUUAUAUCUAACCUCGGCGCUGGGGCUUUCAGGUCUGUCUCAUCAGUAGGCUCAGAGAUAUCUCGAAGAGUGAAAACUGUCUCCGCACCACCACAGAGACCUUUCCGUGUAUGUAGUCAUGACCGAUCCGUGCGCAAAGGAGUUACCGCUGGCUCCCUGCGAGAGCUCAUAGCAAAGGCUAUGGAUGCGCUCUUUCUGACAGGUAUUGUAUCUUUAGUACUGGAGGAAGAUGGGACAUUAUUGGAUACAGAAGAAUACUUUGACACCCUGGAAGAUGGUUUAGUGGUCAUGGUUUUGGAAAAACAACAAAAAUGGAAUCCAAGAAAGGGCGUGUUGUCUUAUUCCUUGCAACAAGAGAAACCAAAGAACAGCCGGGAUAUUGCACGAAUCACAUUUGAUGUAUACAAGCUAAACCCCCGUGAUGUGUUUGGCAGUCUUAAUAUAAAGGCCACCUUCUAUGGCUUGUAUUCUAUGAGCUGUGACUUCCAGUUCUUAGGACCAAAGAAAGUGGUCAGGGAACUAAUGCGGCUUCUGUCAGCAGCUCUGAAUGGAAUGGGACGUCUGAUGCUUACUGCCUCGGGAGUACUAAGACGGCUGCUCGAAGGUGGAGAUCACUGGCAGAAUCGAAUCUGUGAAUAUGAAGGCUGAUAUUUUGUCCACAUUUCAUGUCCUCUCGUUGUUUCAGAUAAUCAUUGGCUGGGUUUUCAAGUGAUGCACCAACUCUUCCAAUAAGGCCGCAUGCACAUGGUGGUAUUACAUACGUAAUAUGCAAUCGAGCACCCAUUGAAGUACAUUGGGACAUACUGUACCUCCAUAUUUCAUACAAAGAAAUUGUGGCAUGUUCCAUUGGAAGCCAUAUGUAUGAUGCUUUUCUCUCAGAAAAAUUGCAUUUAGGGG